AUGUCGUCGCGGCCUCUAAGCGCCCGCAAAGGUCUGCGCAAUGACUUGGGCUCGAACAAUUGUUUCCUUAACGUUAUUAUUCAAAGCUUAUGGCACGUUCGUAGCUGCCGCGUGCUUAUUUCUAUGGGUGACCAUGCAGUGCAUCAUCGCUGUAAUGGGAAACCUACCAAUGCCAGCACCUUGAAAAAAUUCACCAUCACUCCGUGUCUUUUGUGUGAAUUAGAGCAGAUCUUUAUUAUGUAUCAGUUUGCAGAGCAGCCAGUACUAGAUGUGGACCGUGUACGUCUUGCACUAGGUGAUAGCUUUGCUCUUGGGGCCAUGAACGAUGCGACAGAGACCUUGGAAACAAUUCUGGACGCUCUACACUACGACACGUUCAACCGGAUGCUGCUACUACGUCAAGGGCGAUCAAACAGUAACGAUGAUACUAAAGAAGCUAAAAAUACUGAGGAGAUGUCAGAGUCUCUACGUCUCGAUGCGUUCGCCAUCAUCUGCGAACCGCAGUGUGUAGCUCACCGAUUGUUCCAAAUGAAUUUGAUGGAACUCAAGUUUUGUACCUAUUGUGGCCAUACAGCUGAGCCGAUUAUGAACACGGAUUUUCUGUAUCGAGUUUAUGCUCAGGAGCUAUUGAACGAUGCAAGAAUGGGUCCAGAAGGAGAAAAGAAGAUGAACAUGACACUGGAGGAAGUUUUGAGACUUGAAGCACAGGCACAAGAUGUAGCUGGGACGUGUGAUGCGUGCGAAGAAGGGGGACAGCGAGCAUUGAGUAGGUGGAUUCUUACACUACCCAUGGUAUUUUGCAUCAGUAUUAUCUGGUCCAGUAGCCAUGUAGAGAAGACGGACAUUAAGGACUGGAUGGUACUUUUGUCGUCGCAAUGUACGACGGGGGAUAAUGGAGAUGAGUUGCGGCAAGCUCUGGAUCUAGGUCGCAUCUUUCGAUUAGAUAACUCGACGGAAGUGUCAUCGUUGUACUUGUUCAGAGGUCUUGUUUGCUACUACGGGCGGCACUAUGUGGGCUUCUUCGCAAGUCGGAGUGUAGAUGAAGCUGGAGUUGAACGUGAACGCUGGUUUUUGUUUGACGAUACACGUGUUAAGCUUGUGGGAACAUGGGCAGAUGUCCGAUUGCGUGUCGAGCGCGGAGGCUACCAGCCAACGUUGUUGUUUUAUGAACGCAACGAAAUUGAGUUUGAAGACCUUGAGAAGAUAUCUGCGGAAAUUCACAAGUGGUGGGAAGCAUCAGCUGAUGAACCGGACGGUGUCACAAUGGACAAAACCAUGGAUAAAAGCCCUGCAAGUGACGUGGUUAAGAAUGACCAGGGGGCUUCACACGAAGUUGAGCUCAGUGGAGGCAUUGAGGAUGAGCUACUGGCAAAAAUGGAGCGAAGUGUUCGCAUAACUCAAGAACAUCCACUUCCGCCGCUAGUUCCCACCGUUCCUAAAAAAGUAUUGCCGACAAGUCCUAUCUCGUUUCCUCCCCAAGUACCCAAAUCAAUGCCUGCGGAGAUUGAAUUGCAUGCGAGAGACGGGUGGCAUGAAGAGGAUAUUUGCCUGCAUUUGGCGCACAAGUCUGCUCAGGACACUUUGUUGAGGCUUAAUAGUAUAUUAUUGAAAGACAAAGCUCCGGCAUCUACUCCGAUUGACGGCCGAGCAGUGUUACGCUUGGCGAUGUCCCAAUCAAUGCAGCGCUCCGUCCGCUUACGCGAUUACUCCGUUCAACGCCCUGCCGAGAAGCGAAUUGAUGUAAAUCCUGACAAAAUUUUUGAGGAUGAAGCACCGUCUAUGGAAGAGAAAAUCUGCGCACAACCUGUUUGUGCUAUAGAGUCCGCAGUGUCAACAAGACCAGAUGAUGUAGAGGCAAAAGCAGAUCAUGUUCCGCUGAAGGUCUUCGAUGUUCGUAUCAAUGCUUCGGACGGCGGAAUUGGCCUACUUUUCGACGAAAGCACAAACGAUGGCUGUUCGCUCCCGUUGACAGCUACAGAAUGUAAGCGAACAUUUAUUGUAUCGGGUUUUGAGGUUAAUGGCGCAGGCGCUAAGCUACCAGCCGAAGCUAGUGGGGCAAUUCACAAGGGAGAUAUUCUCGUGAGCAUUAAUGGCCACAUGUUGGAAAACGAAAAACUUGUAGACGUACUGGAAAUGCUUCUAAUGUCGCCCAAUCCGGUUCAACUCAAAUUUUGUCGUUUUCGACCGUGGACAUGUACUCGUUGCACGCUUCUAAACCAAACGAUGGUCGCAUCAUGCGCAGCGUGUGGACACGCACCUGUUUUGGUACCCCUAAGAGAGUGA